AUGACUGACAAAGACCAAACAAAUGAUAUUGGUUUUAAUAAAUGUUAUCAAGAAUUGCUACAAAGAAAUGUUAAUCAAAAUUUCAUUACAUUUUUGUUGCAUCUCGACGGAGUCGGCUUAUGUAAAUCAACCAAAUUAAAGAUGUGGUUGUUUAGCGGCUCUAUCAUUGGAUUACAACCAAAAUUGAGAUAUCGUCGAUAUAAUAUGCCCUUGUUUUCUAUAUGGAUUGGAUAUAAAGAGCCACAUCCAGAAGUGUGGUUAAGAAAUUGUAUUGGUAUGAUGAGAGUUAUAAAAAAAGAAGGUACUCAGACAUUUAAUAAUCAACGUGUUGAUAUAAAAUUUCUCUCAAUAACAGGUGAUUGCCCGGCUUUGAAAUUAAUAUUGAAUUUUAUCGGACAUGGCGAUUAUUUCUGUUGUUGGUACUGUUAUUUACGCGGUGUACAUGUUAAUAACAAACGACAAUAUUUAUAUGAAAACCCGAUUAUUCUUCGUGGUGCAUCUGCAUAUAAAGAAGGAUGUUCAGAAGCUGAAAGAACAAAACAUAAUGUGUUUGGCCACUUAGGUUAG